GAACUGUGGUUGGCCGUUUCCUGCUUUGAGUUGAUGUGUGCACAGAACAGAGAAGAGAAACUUCCUUGACUCUAGAGCUCAGCAUUCUGUCAGUGUAGAGAGGACGUUGUUUGUUUUAGAUGCUGUUCACAUUUCAUUUGCGAUAACACUGAACUUUAAUCGAGGACCAUGAGCCGGGGAUCUAAAAGUAAAACGGAGUUCGCCCGGAGCUCUCUGCUGAGCCUGCAGGAGAACGAGAAGCUGGAGGAGCUGCUGGGCAGAAGGUGUGCUUCCAUGGCCACUGCAGUUGUACAGCUGUUCAUGGCUCUGCCUCACAGUCCGUCCGUGUGGAGCCUGCAGCACACCGGUGUGGUCUGCUUUAUCAAAGACAACCCUCAGCGCUCCUACUUCAUACGCAUGUUUGAUCUAAAGACUGGGAGGCAGGUUUGGGAGCAGGAGCUCUACAACCAAAUUGUGUACUCCUCACCGCAGCCGUUCUUUCACACCUUUGCUGCAGAUGACUGUCAGGUUGGACUGAACUUUGCAGAGCGGCAGGAAGCAGAAACUUUCCAAAAUGCUGUCCAGGAGAAAAUAAACCAAAGAAACAACCGCCAAGACAAGAAACAGCGCCCCCUGCCGCCUGCUGACAGAGGUAACCUGCCUCCACUCCCACCUGAAAAAGCCUCACCUGGCAGCCCUGGCUCCUUCCACAUGACCACGGUGGACAUACAGAACCCGGACAUUCAUGCGUCACGCUACCGCUCGACCCCGACCCCCUCGCCUGCUGCUUUUGGCGGGAAAGGAAAGAAGGACAAGAAGAACAAGAAAAAAGGCGCCAAACUCUCCAAAGCAGACAUAGGAGCACCAAGUGGAUUCAAACAUGUUUCUCAUGUUGGCUUUGAUCCAAACAACCUGGACCCUGACCUGUCCAAGCUGCUCUCCCAGGCUGGGAUCACUGAGGCUGAGAUGAGGGACGAACGGACCUCCCAGCUCAUCUAUAAUGUCAUCGAGCAGUCUGGAGGCAUGGAGGCGGUCAAAAGGGAGGUGAACAGAGCAGCUUCUGGCCCUCCACCACCUCCACCUGGCAGACAGGGACCUCUGCCUCCUUUGCCCGGCUCGGGUUACUCUGUUCCGACCCCUCCUCCUCCACGAGGCCGCUCUGGCCCUCUCCCUCCUAUUCCAGGCACGCAGCAGCGAGGGAGCCCAUCCUCCCAUGCGCCUCCAACCCGUGGGGGACUCCCACCUCCACCUUCUCAAGCCAACAGAGGUGGUCCCCCUCCUCCACCUCCUCCAGCACACUCUACACCUCCUCACUUCUCCUCACCGCCGUCAAAAUCCUCCCCACACAACCUGCCUCCCCCACUGCCGCCGUCAAGCCAGCAGCGCUCCGUGGGUUUUGCGCCUCCUCCUGUUCCUGCUGCAGGCGGCGGAAGAGGAGGUGGAGGCCCUCCUCCUCCCCCUCCGCCUCCUCCACCACCGUCUGCCCUUUCUUCAGCUUUCCCGCCUCCUCCUCCUCCUCUUAGUUCCGGUGGUCCACCACAGCCGCCUCCUCCUUCAUCCAGCGGGGGAGGAGAGAGCAGAGGAGCUCUGUUGGAUCAGAUCCGACUCGGGAAGAAGCUUAGAAAUGUGAUAGAUAGUCCUGAUCAGGCUCCGAAUACACCUCCAGGGUCAGGUGAAGGCAUCGUCGGGGCGCUCAUGUCAGUCAUGCAGAAGAGGAGUAAAGCCAUCCAUUCUUCUGACGAAAGUGAAGAUGAAGGUGGAGAUGAUGAUGAAGAGGACGAUGAAUGGGAUGACUGAUUUGUAAUAAGAGCUAAGUUCAACUGUGAUUUUGUAAUCACAUGUAACAUGUAACAUCACUGUUACAUUUAGUUGUUUUUCUAACCUCCAAUAACCGCAAACUUGAAUACAACUUGUGUAAAGCGAUUCAAUAAAAAAAAAAUAUAUUCAAUAGCAAAACUUGAAAUGGACAGGAAAACAAGUCUAGAGAAUCAUGAAAUGUUUAUAUAUUUGUUUGGAACAUUUCCAGUGUAGGAUUCAUGACAGCACUGUAACUCACAUGAAGGUGAUUAGAGGCUCUGUGUCGUUUCUCGUGCUUCCUUUAGAAGAGCCUUUUUUUUUUUUUUUUUUUUUAAAUCCUGUAAAUGUAGCUUAUGACA